AGAUCAUGAGACCACUGGCUGUGUCUGGCUGUGUUUUCCUGCGAGGUUCAGACCAUUAAAGUACAAACCAAAAUCCUUACCCAGUUGUUAGCUAGGGAUGACUUUCUUUCAACAUGACAUGCUGCUUUUCUUAAAUGUGAUCAGCCUUGUUUCAGGCCUGCAGACAGCAGCAUCACCUUUUUCUCAGUUACCUUUCCUCACCGUGUGGAAUGCCCCCACUGCCAGCUGCCUCUCUAAAUAUGGUGUGGACCUUGAUUUGGGGACAUUUAGCAUUGUACAGAACCAAAAUCAAACCUUUAUGGGUGAAAACAUAACCAUCUUUUACGCGGACAAGCUUGGUCGGUAUCCAAGAUACUCUAGCCAAGGAGUGGCUGUUAAUGGUGGGGUGCCACAGAACGCCAGUCUUGUCAAUCACCUCACAGUUGCCUCUGACAAUAUUCGCUCUGAUAUCCCUGACCGGGAUUUCAAUGGCCUUGCUGUGGUGGACUGGGAGAGCUGGAGACCUGUGUGGGAGAGAAACUGGGACAGUAAGCAGGUGUACUGGGAGGGAUCAAGAGCACUAGUGAAGUCCAAGCACCCAGACUGGAGUCCUGCACAAGUAGAAGCUGCAGCCCGGGCAGAGUUUGAGGAAGCGGGGAGGAAAUUCAUGGAGGAAACUUUGAAACUGGGGCAGAAGGAAAGACCAAAUGGGUUGUGGGGUUACUAUGGUUUCCCCAACUGCUACAACUACUAUGACAAAAGUGCAAACUACACAGGAGAGUGUCCACCUAUAGAGCUGAAGAGGAACAACGAGCUGUUCUGGCUGUGGAAUGCCUCCUCGGCUCUCUAUCCUGAUAUCUACCUCAGCCUCGAGCUGCGUGAACUGCACAGAGAGGUGCUCCGCUACACUCAUCCUCGCAUCCUGGAGGCCAUGAGAGUCGGAGCUCAGGCAGCUCCAACGCCGCCAUCUGUGUUCCCUUAUGCUCGCAUCGUCUACACCUAUACACUCGAUUUCCUCUCUCAGGAGCACCUGGUCUACACCAUAGGGGAGAGUGCUGCUUUAGGGACUGCAGGAUUAGUGCUCUGGGGGGACCACACCUUUUCAAAAUCUCAGGCUACUUGUGAAGCUGUCAAGUCAUACAUUGACCAAAUUCUGGGACCCUACCUGGUAAAUGUAACAUCAGCGGCCACUCUUUGCAGCCAGACCAUGUGUUCCUCAAGGGGAAGAUGUGAGAGGAGGGACCCGAAAUCAAGCACCUACCUCCACCUUGACCCUACCGUGUGGACGGUAGUCACUGAAAUAAAAUCAGUAGGGGGACCACAUUACAAGGUGCUCGGGAAGAUGAGCACACAGGAGUUAGCACUCAUGAAGUGUAAGUUUCAGUGCAAGUGUUACCCCGGGUGGGGUGGAGAGAGCUGCUCCAAGCCGAAAAAGGGAUAAAAGAUUUAUUUU